GUGAGACUAGGGUGCCUGUGUUUCAGCAAAGCCUGGGCAAUUGGAAUGCAGGGCUCCUAAGAUUCCAUGACACCCCCACCUUCUAAUUCUGUUAUUGCAACUGCAGACGGUUGCCUGGCACGCUGGCCACAAUCUACCUCACUCUUAUCAGAGUCUGAGCUACUGGCAGUGCUUUCAGCUCUGAGUUCAGGCACCUCGAACCUUGUUUUUGUGGUGAAGGAUCCUAAAGUGCUGUGGGGAGUGAUCACAUUUUUCACAACAUCCCUGGCUCCACCUCUCCUGCCACAAACAUCAGCAUGGUGGUAUCAGCCGGCCCUUGGUCCAGCGAGAAGGCAGAGAUGAAUAUUCUAGAAAUCAAUGAGAAAUUGCGCCCCCAGCUGGCAGAGAACAAACAGCAGUAUGUAACUCAACUGGCCGGCUUCCUAGCCAACCGACAGAAGAAAUACGAGUAUGAAGAGUGCAAAGACCUCAUAAAAUCUAUGCUGAGGAAUGAGUGACAGUUCAAGGAGGAGAAGCUUGCAGAGCAGCUGAAGCAAGCUGAGGAGCUCAGGCAAUAUAAAGUCCUGGUUCACUCUCAGGAAUGAGAGCUGACCCAGUUAAGGGAGAAGUUACGGGAAGGGAGAGAUGCCUCCCGCUCAUUGAAUCAGCAUCUCCAGGCCCUCCUCACUCCGGAUGAGCCAGACAAGUCCCAGGGGCAGGACCUCCAAGAACAGCUGGCUGAGGGGUGUAGACUGGCACAGCACCUUGUCCAAAAGCUCACCCCAGAAAAUGACGAAGAUGAGGAUGAAGAUGUUCAAGUCGAGGAGGCUGAGAAAGUGCUAGAAUCAUCUCCCCCCAGGGAGGUGCAGAAGGCUGAAGAAAGCAAAGUCCCUGAGGACUCACUGGAGGAAUGUGCCAUCACUUGUUCAAAUAGCCACGGCCCUUGUGACUCCAACCAGCCUCACAAGAACAUCAAAAUCACAUUUGAGGAAGACAAAGUCAACUCAACUCUGGUUGUAGACAGAGAAUCCUCUCAUGAUGAAUGUCAGGAUGCUCUAAACAUUCUCCCAGUCCCUGGCCCCACCUCUUCUGCCACAAAUGUCAGCAUGGUGGUAUCAGCCAGCCCUUUGUCCAGCGAGAAGGCAGAGAUGAACAUUCUAGAAAUCAAUGAGAAAUUGCGCCCCCAGCUGGCAGAGAACAAACAGCAGUUCAGAAACCUCAAAGAGAAAUGUUUUGUAACUCAAGUGGCCUGCUUCCUGGCCAAGCAGCAGAACAAAUACAAAUAUGAAGAGUGCAAAGACCUCAUAAAAUCUAUGCUGAGGAAUGAGCGACAGUUCAAGGAGGAGAAGCUUGCAGAGAAGCUGAAGCAAGCUGAGGAGCUCAGGCAAUGUAAAGUCCUGGUUCACUCUCAGGAACGAGAGCUGACCCAGUUAAGGGAGAAGUUACGGGAAGGGAGAGAUGCCUCCCACUCAUUGAAUCAGCAUCUCCAGGCCCUCCUCACUCCGGAUGAGCCAGACAAGUCCCAGGGGCAGGACCUCCAAGAACAGCUGGCUGAGGGGUGUAGACUGGCACAGCACCUUGUCCAAAAGCUCAGCCCAGAAAAUGACAACGAUGACGAUGAAGAUGUUCAAGUUGAGGUGGCUGAGAAAGUGCAGGAAUCGUCUGCCCCCAGGGUGAUGCAGAAGGCUGAAGAAAAGGAAGUCCCUGAGGACUCACUGGAGGAAUGUGCCAUCACUUGUUCAAAUAGCCAUGGCCCUUAUGACUCCAACCAGCCACAUAGGAAAACCAAAAUCACAUUUGAGGAAGACAAAGUCGACUCAACUCUCAUUGGCUCAUCCUCUCAUGUUGAAUGGGAGGAUGCUGUACACAUUAUCCGAGAAAAUGAAAGUGAUGAUGAGGAAGAGGAAGAAAAAGGGCCAGUGUCUCCCAGGAAUCUGCAGGAGUCUGAAGAGGAGGAAGUCCCCCAGGAGUCCUGGGAUGAUGGUUAUUCGACUCUCUCAAUUCCUCCUGAAAUGUUGGCCUCGUACCAGUCUUACAGCAGCACAUUUCACUCAUUAGAGGAACAGCAAGUCUGCAUGGCUGUUGACAUAUGCAGACAUCGGUGGGAUCAAGUGAAAAAGGAGGACCAAGAGGCAACAGGUCCCAGGCUCAGCAGGGAGCUGCUGGAUGAGAAAGAGCCUGAAGUCUUGCAGGACUCUCUGGAUAGAUGUUAUUCAACUCCUUCAGGUUAUCUUGGACUGACUGACUCAUGCCAGCCCUACAGAAGUGCCUUUUACAUAUUGGAGCAACAGCGUGUUGGCUUCACUCUUGACAUGGAUGAAAUUGAAAAGUACCAAGAAGUGGAAGAAGACCAAGACCCAUCAUGCCCCAGGCUCAGCAGGGAGCUGCUGGAUGAGAAAGAGCCUGAAAUCUUGCAGGACUCACUGGAUAGAUGUUAUUCAACUCCUUCAGGUUAUCUUGAACUGCCUGACUUAGGCCAGCCCUACAGAAGUGCUGUUUACUCAUUGGAGGAACAGUACCUUGGCUUGGCUCUUGACGUGGACGGAAUUAAAAAGGACCAGGAAGAGGAAGAAGACCAAGGCCCACCAUGCCCCAGGCUCAGCAGGGAGCUGCUGGAGGUAGUAGAGCCUGAAGUCUUGCAGGAUUCACUGGAUAGAUGUUAUUCAACUCCUUCCAGUUGUCUCGAACAGCCUGACUCCUGCCAGCCCUAUGGAAGUUCCUUUUAUGCAUUGGAGGAAAAACAUGUUGGCUUUUCUCUUGACGUGGGAGAAAUUGAAAAGAAAGGGAAGGGGAAGAAAAGAAGGGGAAGAAGAUCAAAGAAGAAAAGAAGAAGGGGAAGAAAAGAAGGGGAAGAAGAUCAAAACCCACCAUGCCCCAGGCUCAAUGGCGUGCUGAUGGAAGUGGAAGAGCCUGAAGUCUUGCAGGACUCACUGGAUAGAUGUUAUUCGACUCCAUCAAUGUACUUUGAACUACCUGACUCAUUCCAGCACUACAGCAGUGUGUUUUACUCAUUUGAGGAACAGCACAUCAGCUUCGCCCUUGACGUGGACAAUAAGUUUUUUACUUUGAUGGUGACAAGUCUCCACCUGGUCUUCCAGAUGGGAGUCAUAUUCCCACAAUAAGCAGCCCUUACUCAGCCGAGAGAUGUCAUUCCUGCAGGCAGGACCUAUAGGCACAUGAAGAUUUGAAUGAAAGUAUAGUUCCAUUUGGAAGCCCAGACAUAGGAUGGGUCAGUGGGCAUGGCUCUAUGCCUAUUCUCAGACCAUGCCAGUGGCAACCUGUGCUCAGUCUGAAGACAAUGGACCCACGUUAGGUGUGACACAUUCACAUAACUGUGCAGCACAUGCCGGGAGUGAUCAGUCAGACAUUUUAAUUUGAACCACGUAUCUCUGGGUAGCUACAAAAUUCCUCAGGGAUUUCAUUUUGCAGGCAUGUCUCUGAGCUUCUAUAUCUGCUCAAGGUCAGUGUCAUCUUUUGUUUAGCUCAUCCAAAGGUGUUACCCUGGUUUCAAUGAACCUAACCUCAUUCUUUGUGUCUUCAGUGUUGGCUUGUUUUAGCUGAUCCAUCUGUAACACAGGAGGGAUCCUUGGCUGAGGAUUGUAUUUCAGAACCACCAACUGCUCUUGACAAUUGUUAACCCGCUAGGCUCCUUUGGUUAGAGAAGCCACAGUCCUUCAGCCUCCAAUUGGUGUCACUACUUAGGAAGACCACAGCUAGAUGGACAAACAGCAUUGGGAUGCCUUAGCCUUGCUCCUCUCAAUUCCAUCUUGUAGAGAACAGGAGUCAGGAGGUCCACUGGCAGGAGACAGCAUGUCACCCAGGACUCUGCCUGUGCAGAAUAUGAACAAUGCCAUGUUCUUGCAGAAAACGCUUAGCCUGAGUUUCAUAGGAGGUAAUCACCAGACAACUGCAGAAUGUAGAACACUGAGCAGGACAACUGACCUGUCUCCUUCACAUAGUCCGUAUCACCACAAAUCACACAACAAAAAGGAGAAGAGAUAUUUUGGGUUCAAAAAAAGUAAAAAGAUAAUGUAGCUGCAUUUCUUUAGUUAUUUUGAACCCCAAAUAUUUCCUCAUCUUUUUGUUGUUGUCAUGGAUGGUGGUGACAUGGACUUGUUUAUAGAGGACAGGUCAGCUGUCUGGCUCAAUGAUCUACAUUCUGAAGUUGUCUGAAAAUGUCUUCAUGAUUAAAUUCAGCCUAAACGUUUUGCCGGGAACACGGCAGAGACAAUGCUGUGAGUUUCCAACCUCAGCCCAUCUGUGGGCAGAGAAGGUCUAGUUUGUCCAUCACCAUUAUGAUAUCAGGACUGGUUACUUGGUUAAGGAGGGAUCUAGGAGAUCUGUCCCUUUUAGAGACACCUUACUUACAAUGAAGUACUUGGGAAAGCGGUUUUCAAGAGUAUAAAUAUCCUGUAUUCUAAUGAUCAUCCUCUAAACAUUUUAUCAUUUAUUAAUCAUCCCUGCCUGUGUCUAUUAUGAUAUUCAUAUCUCUACACUGGAAAUUUUGGGUCUCAAUUUUUACUGUGCCUUUGUUUUUACUAGUGUCUGCUGUUGCAAAAAGAAGAAAACAUUCUCUGCCUGAGUUUUAAUUUUUGUCUGAAGUUAAUUUUAAUCUAUACAAUUAAAACCUUUUGCCUAUCACUCUGGACUUUUGGAUUGUUUUUUACAUUCAGUGUUAUAAUAUUUGAUUAUGCUGAUUGGUUUUGGUGGGUACUGAUGCGAAUUAAUAAAAACAUUUCAUUUCCA